AUGGACAUGGGUAGACAGGAGACUCUUUCGCAUGGCCUCGCAGAUAUGCCGGAUGGUAACCCGGUAACCAUAGCGACUGCCGGAAGCUUGGUCGAUCGUGAUGCCGCCGCGAGAGACGGUGAGAGUGAGACUAGUGGCGACUCGUAUUGCGACGCGGAGAGCUUCUCGUCUUCUGGCGAGUCUAGCCUUAACCAGUACGGGCAGGAGGGCGACGAAGAGGAGAGUCUCAGCAGCCACGUUGAGGACGAGGAGGACGAAAUCGGGGAGGCUUAUAACGGGGCGAAGAGGAGCACGUGGCCGUUGGUGGUUAGCAUGCGGGAGUUAGAGUGGUGGCAGCAGGCGGUGCUGGUGCUGCUUGUGGCGGUGGGUCUGACCGGAGUGUCUGCUGCCAUGGCUGCUGUGGCGAAAGUGGGCGACCUGCUCUUCCUGCCAGCGCCUGUCUGGCUCCCCACUGGCCUCGCGCUCUUCGCUGUCCUCGCUCUAGGCUAUCGCAUCUGGCCUGCACUUUUCCUCGCAGGCACGGCCCUCUCCCUCACCUACGGUGCCCUGCACGUUGCCCUGCCGCGCCUGCAGCUCAUCCUCUACUCCCUCGUGAUCGCCACCGACCGCACGCUCUUCGUGCUCCUCCUCGCCUUCUUCCUCAUGCGCUUCCUCCGCCGCCAACCCACCGAUCUCACCCCCCCUCUCAUCGUCUCCCUCCCCUACAUGCUCUUCCCGGGGGUCCUCUGGGCAGCGGUUAGAUUUAACCGCCACGGGUCGGGCCUCAUGCUGCUGCUGGUGGUGCUGAUCGCGUGCUGCUGCACGGCCAGAGGGUGGGGGCCGCUGGUGAGGGAGAAGGCGAAUGAGACGAUUCUGCAGCUGCAGGUGUUUGUGGUGGUGGUGGGCUUGGUGGGAGUGGUGGUGGCGGCGGCUGUGAGGGAUACGAAUCGGUUGAGGAAGGAGCUUAGGCGGCUGAAUGCAAGGUUGGAAGGGGAGGUGCAGCGACGCACGGAGCAGAUCAGACAGUACAAUGAGGAUCUGAAGAAGUCAAAGGAGGAGCUGGAGGAGGCCGGGAGGGCCAAGACGGAGUUCCUGGCCAACAUGAGCCACGAGAUACGGUAA